AUGAACAAUAAUAAUAAGAUAUUUCAAUUUAAAUUGGUAUUACUUGGAGAAGCUGCUGUAGGAAAGAGUAGUUUGGUUCUUAGAUUUGUACGUGGACACUUUUUAGACUAUCAAGAAAGUACUAUAGGAGCUGCCUUUUUAGCUCAAACAGUUUGUUUAAAUGAUACUACAGUAAAGUUUGAAAUUUGGGAUACAGCUGGACAAGAAAGAUAUCAUACUUUGGCUCCAAUGUAUUAUCGUGGUGCUCAAGCAGCUAUUGUUGUUUAUGAUAUUAGAAGUCAAGAUUCAUUCGAAAGAGCUAUCAAAUGGGUCAAGGAAUUACAAAGACAAGGAAGUCCAAAUAUUGUUAUAGCAUUGGCAGGAAAUAAGUUGGAUUUGGCUGCAAAGAGAAAAGUAGAGACUGCUGAAGCACAACAAUAUGCCGAAGAAAAUGGGUUACUGUUUAUGGAAACCUCUGCCAAAACUGCCCAAAACGUAAAUGAACUUUUUGUAGAAAUAGCUAAAAAACUACCAAAAACUCCCAAUCCACGUCCAGGUUCUGGUCGUUUACCAAUUCCACCAAUUGAAAAUAACAAUCAAAGAAAAAAACCAUGUUGCAGCAACUAA